CGACAAUUCAGUAUUCACAGGGAGAGAGGCAAGAGACUUAGAUCAUGGAUAGAGAAUGGGGUUCCAAGCCGGGCAGCGGUGGCGCCGCCUCGGCCCAGAACGAGGCCAUUGACCGCCGCGAGCGUCUCCGCCGGCUCGCACUUGAGACCAUCGAUCUAGCCAAGGAUCCAUAUUUCAUGCGCAACCACCUUGGGAGUUAUGAGUGUAAGCUGUGUCUGACUUUGCACAACAAUGAAGGGAACUAUUUGGCUCACACUCAAGGGAAGAGACACCAGACCAAUUUGGCCAAGAGAGCUGCUCGCGAGGCUAAGGAGGCUCCUGCUCUCCCCCAGCCCAACAAGCGCAAGGUUAACAUUCGCAAGACAGUUAAAAUUGGAAGGCCUGGGUACCGAGUUACAAAGCAAUUUGAUCCAGAGACAAAGCAGAGAUCUCUUCUCUUCCAGAUUGAAUAUCCUGAGAUAGAAGACAAUACAAAACCAAGACAUCGAUUUAUGUCAUCUUUUGAGCAGAAAGUGCAACCCUAUGACAAGAGAUACCAGUAUCUUUUAUUUGCUGCAGAACCUUAUGAGAUCAUUGCUUUCAAGGUUCCUAGCACAGAAAUUGAUAAAUCCACUCCGAAGUUCUUCUCACAUUGGGAUCCUGACUCAAAGAUGUUCACGUUGCAGUUAUAUUUCAAAUCCAAGCCAGCAGAAGCAAACAAACCUCAAUCUGCCCCUGCGGCAAAUGGCAUAUCUGCUCCUGGUGUCCCACCAAGGUCUUUGCCGCCCCCUCCCCAAGCUCCACCACCUCCACCACAAGGACUACCAGCAGGAUCUAGACCACCUCCACCACCAAUUCCUGGAUCAUUACCUCCUCCACCUCCAAUGGCAAAUGGUCCCAGGCCGAUGCCUCCUGGUGGCACUCCACCCGCCCCACCUCCUCCUCCUGGUGGUAGUGGUGCAAUGGCAAAUUUCACUCCUGGUGCUCAGGUGGGCAGGCCUCCAAUGCCUCCAAGUUUUUCUAGCCAACAGAUGUAGGACCAGGUUGUCGAUGUCUGGCUUCACUCCCAACAAGGGAUAGGUCUAUUAUCCUUCUGAGUGUUUGCAAAGCAUAUUGUUCCUGAGUUUAAGCCGCUCUUGCAGGGUUGAUGGAUUUUGAACAUGAAUGUAUCACCUAUCCAAAUAGACUUUUAGCAAUUUCCCUCUAGCUUAAUGCCCAAUGUUCUUUGAUAUCGUGUAUUUUUUUUCUUAAAAUAUUUUGUAGAUCAAACUUGUAUGAUCUUUUUAUUCUUUCAAAGCUAAACGUCAACUUUUGAGAAAUGAAAAACCAAAUAAAAUAAAUUAAAACUA